UUAAAGCGAAAAAUCUCAUAAAUUUAUGAGCAAAUACAAUAUUCAAUAUGUUCUUCCCCUUGAUGAGUCGAAAAAAGGUCAUCGCCUUGGAUUGAAUGCGGUGACAAUUGAUCCUCUGAAAGAUGGUGGACGUCUUUAUACUGCGGGUCGAGAUGGGAUAAUUUUUUCGUGGAAUCUUAAUCUUCAUUUUAGAAAUAAGAGGGAUUUUAGAGAAUAUAAAUAUAAGAAUGAAGCAUAUGGUGAAGAAUCAAGUGAUAUUUUGGAGUCAGAAGAUAUAAUGAACAAUUUUAAUACGCAUAUAAUAAGAAAAAAAGAGCAUACAACUCAUAUUUUAGAUGAAUCAAGGACAAAUAAUACGGGUAUUGAUGUGUGCGUUUUUAAAGAUAAAGGUCCUUCAUAUCAUUCAGAGGUUCAAGCACAUAUGCAUUGGAUUAAUGAUCUAGCAUUAGUAGAUUUAUCAAGAUUUAUUGUUUCUUGUUCGUCAGAUCAUACAAUUAAAAUGUGGAAAACGGAUAAUUUCGAGUUAGAAGCACUUACAAUUGGUAAACAUGAAGACUAUGUUAAGUGUUUAGCUACUCCGAAGAAUUGCUCUACGUGGAUUGCAUCAGGGGGAUUAGAUCGGAAAAUUAUUAUAUGGGAUUUACAUAGUCAAAAUAAAGUGUUAGAUAUUGACACAAGUAUAGAUGGGCCUAAAGGAGGAGUAUAUGCUUUAGGUGCUAAGCAGGAAUUAAUUACUAGUGGAUGUCCAAGUGGAGUGGUUCAUGUCUGGGACAAACGAUCGGGACAAUCUAUAGCAAGUUUUACAGGUCAUAAAGAUGCGAUUCGAACUAUACUUAUUUCAGACGAUGGACAAACGAUUUUAUCAGGAUCAUCAGAUACAACAAUCAAAGCAUGGUCUUUAGGGGAAAGACGAUGUUUACUAACAUUUACGAUACAUGGAAGUAGUGUUUGGUCAUUAUUUUCACAGGAUCCAAGAUUGAAUACAUUUUAUUCGGGAGAUCGGUCAGGAUAUUUAAUGAGGACUCGAACUAUGUUAUUAUCAGAGGAAGAAAAUGUCUCGUAUAUUAUUUGUCGCGAACAAAGCGGUAUAAACAGAAUUGUAACAGUUGAUUCUUUAAUAUGGACAUCUACAUCAUCUCCUAAUAUUCAUUGCUGGCUCGAUGCACCUCUAGAUUUUACAGCACAAAAAUCUUUUAAUACAAGCAAACUACAAAACAUUCCUACGUUUUCGGAAAAAGCGUUUGUUGAGCCCUCUUUAGUUGCCGAAUCCUUGAUUUCACCUUAUGAUACAAAUAUGUUCGAAUCAAAUUAUACAGAAAAUUCGAUAUCCAAUGAAUGUCACUUUUUCAGCAGUUGUUGUGUAUAUAAUGAAAAUCCUUUAGAGUGUAAAAAAAACAUUAUUCCUUUAAGAAAGUUACCACAAUAUACUAUUCAAAGCCAAAUUGGAUUAGUUAAACAUAUUUUGUUAAAUGAUCGUAGACACGUCUUAACCGUUGAUACACAAGAUGAAGUAUCCUUAUGGAACAUUAUUACGUGUACGCAUGUUAAAAACUAUGGGAAAUGCGAUAUAAAUGAAUUAGAAAAAAAAUUGAAUACCCUCGAUUAUGUUGCCAAUUGGUGUCAUGUUGAUACACGAAUUGGCGCACUUACUGUUUCUCUAAAUGAGAAUUCAUGUUUUGAUGCAGAAGUAUAUGCUGAUCAAAUAGAUAUUUGCAAAGAUUGUGAAUAUAAUGAAGAUCAUAAAAUCAAUUUAGGAAAAUGGGUGCUUCGUUGUUUAUUUAAUAAUUUCAUAGAGGUUCAAAUAAAGAAUGAUAAUCAAUAUCGGCAUUCUAUUUUGGAUAUUUCUUUAGAUGACUUAAAAGCAGAUAAAACAUUACUACCCUUAUAUAACUUUCCUGACUUAUUUCAAAACGGUUCUCAAUCCAUACCUGAUCUCCUAGAAACAUCCAAAAAAAUAUCAUCGGACGAAAAUAUUAGUAUCAUUGAUUCCAUUCUGACUCGUUCCUCUAAAGAAGCAUCUUCGAUACAUGAUAAUGGAAAUAUUGAAAAAAAAUCAUCUUCUCUCGAUAUUUUAAAUAAAGAAAAUAACCUUUUUAAUAAGCAAGAUUCACAAACCAAGAUGACUAAAUUAGAAGAAUCUCUUUUUGCUUCAAUUGACCCAAAUGAUCACAGCACAAAUAGUUUUACUUUUAUAGAUCGUUUAAAAUUUUUUCGAACAAAAAAGGUACUAAAAACAAUACCAAAGGAUUCAAAAGCACAAGGAGAUCUUCAAAACAUUGAAAAAAAAGACACAUUAUCUACCGACUUAAAAAACUUUCAAUCAUUACUUAACCCUGAAAUACAGAAAACAAACGUUCUUCAUACUCAUCAUUUCGUAUCAGAUAUUAUCAAUAGUCUUCGUAAUGAUUAUCGACUUUCUAGAUUAUCUCAUCCAGACAUAUUAAUUGCUACGAAAAUUUAUCCAAUAUGCUCUGAUGAAGCACCUAUUCUUCAACUUCCUCAUAAUACUAUUUUGAUUAUAUCAAAAGAAAAGUCUAUUACAGAUAAUACUAUAAAUGUAUAUAAAGGAAAAAUCGGUUGUAUUAUUCAACAUGUCGAUAUUUUAGAAAAUGUUUUACCGGCAUGGUUAGGAAAUAUGCUUCUUUUCAACAAAAUUCCAAACGAAGAAAUACAGAAAAUUAAUUUUAUCCUUCAACCGUAUCAAAAUUGUCAUCUUCCAAAAAUAUAUGAUGAAAAUAAAGAAUGUACAGCGUCCGGAAUGCUACGAGUUCGAAAAAUCUUAAUUUAUAUCUUAAAACAUCUUAAUAAAAUGGAACUUUUGGAUACUAACCCGGAAAAUUAUUUACAAUUAAUAUGCAAUAAAGAAAUUUUAUCAAUCAAAACCACGUUGAUUACUAUAAAAACUCGUAUUUGGAAAUCAAAAGGAAGCAUAAUUUUGCAUUAUCGUCCUUUAAAUAAAGAGAUAUACGAAACAUAUUUCAAAUAAUAGUUAUCAUACAUUAAACAAAACAUUUUAAUAAUAAAUUUCAUCUUAUAUUAUGCAAUUAAGAUAUGUUGAUAUAUCUAUUUUAAAUUUUGUUUCAAUAAUAAAAUUUCAACAAGAGGAACUGUAAACCUGGCGUAUCCUUUUAUCGUUUUCAAAGAAUCUAACAUCAUCUUCCUAUUACAUGAAUCGGCUGCAUAAAUCAUUGAAUACAACAAUUUCAUAUCUGAUUCCAUUAAGGGUCUUACUUUGAAUUGCAUAAUUUCAUUAUUUUUUGAGAGAAUUCGAAUCCACCAACGUCCAUCCCAUAAUAUCCAUGUAUUUUGGGGAUUUGAGAAACUAGAUGAUUGAAGAAAUACAGCAAAACGUUCCUUCAUACUUUUUUCGUAAGGUUGGCGACUCAAUUGCAUAAAAAGUGCCUGAAAAUGUCGUGUAGUAUGUAUUAAAACACCACCAACCGUAUAUUGUUUUGUUUUUACAAGCUUUUCCUCAAAUAAAUCAAUAACUAUUCGUCGAACAACAGAUAUCCUUUGUCUAGAUAAAGGCGAAACAAUAAAAACAAGGUGUCCCAACCAUUUUGAUAAAGUUGCAAUGUUUUCAUCAUAAAUAUCCAUAUCACAAAUAACAUCUAGUGACCCAGUCAUCUCAGAAAAAGUAAUAUGAGUCUUAGUUAAUAAUUGUUUCACUUUUUCUGAAAUCUCCAUCCUUUUCACUGCCAUAAUGUUUGCCAAGUGUAAUAUAUUAUAUGGUCUCAAAGCUUUAGGUAAUUGUUCAGGUUUUUGAAACAAUGCUCGAAUAGCAUUUCUUUUUGAUAUAUUCAUCAAAGCAUUUGUUGGAUCUUCAAACCAUGUCAAACCAUAUUUUUCACAUGCACCUUAAACAAUUAUAACAACUCAUAUGAUAUUUUCAUAUACUUUUUAAAACAAUUUUAGGAAUAUCAAGAAAAGGCCGACAAAUUAGUAUUUUUUCAGAAUCUUUUACUCUUCCUAUCAUAGGAUUCGAUGAAAUCUUUUGCAUACCGGCUAAUCCACUUGAUCCACUUUUUCUUAUGAGUCUCAUCAACACUGUUUCUAUCUGAUCAUUUAAAUGAUGACCUAAAAAAAGCACACCUAUAUCAUUAUUUAAGCAUUCUUGUGUUAAAAGGGUAUAUCUUUGAUCCCGUAAAAGCGCUUCUAAUGAACCUUUAAAAUAUUUAUCUUUUGGCCAAGCAAUUGUCAAUAUUUUAUGUUGAAAUCCUACA